ACAAAGCCUCGGCGGUUUCCCAGGUUGUUGUUGGGAGGAGACGGCUCGACGUCUGAGCAGACUCGCGGCAACUUAGCUCUCCGCAGAGCGCCCUUCCUCGGGCGCUCGGGAAGUGUGGGCGGCUUCUGGCUGCAGGCCCCGCAAAGAGGUGUAUCCAGGCGGCUCGAGAACGACCGCGGGCGCCCAAGCGUCACCUUCGUCACCUACCCUGCGCCAUGUCCUGGAUGUUCAAGAGAGAUCCUGUUUGGAAGUACUUGCAGACUGUCCAAUAUGGCGGAGUCCAUGGAAAUUUUUCACGCCUCUCAUAUCCAACUUUCUUUCCCCGUUUUGAAUUCCAAGAUAUUAUCCCUCCAGACGACUUCCUAACUAGUGAUGAAGAGUUAGAUUCAGUUUUAUUUGGAACUUUGAGAGGCCAUGUUGUUGGACUACGCUAUUACACCGGAGUAGUUAAUAAUAAUGAAAUGGUUGCAUUACAACGAGACCCCAAUAACCCCUAUGAUAAGAAUGCAAUUAAAGUAAACAAUGUGAAUGGAAAUCAAGUUGGCCAUUUAAAGAAAGAGCUUGCAGCUGCUUUGGCCUAUAUUAUGGACAACAAAUUGGCACAAGUUGAAGGGGUAGUCCCUUUUGGUGCAAACAACGCUUUUACCAUGCCUCUGCAUAUGACUCUUUGGGGAAAAGAAGAAAAUAGAAAAGCGGUUUUAGAUCAGUUGAAAAAACAUGGAUUUAAAUUGGGUCCUGCACCAAAAACUUUUGGAUUCAGUUUGGAAAGUGGUUGGGGCUCUGGAAAAGCUGGGCCAAGCUAUAGUAUGCCAGUUCAUGCUGCAGUACAGCUGACAACUGAACAGCUUAAAACAGAAUUUGACAAAUUGUUUGAAGAUCUAAAAGAAGAUGAUAAAACUCAUGAAAUGGAACCAGCUGAGGCUAUUGAAACAUCAUUGCUCCCACAUCAAAAACAAGCUCUAGCUUGGAUGAUUUCCCGGGAAAACAGUAAAGAACUUCCACCAUUCUGGGAACAGCGAAGUGACUUAUACUAUAACACAAUAACAAAUUUUUCUGAGAAGGAUCGACCAGAAAAUGUCCAUGGAGGAAUUUUAGCUGAUGAUAUGGGUUUGGGCAAAACUCUUACAGCCAUUGCAGUAAUUCUUACCAACUUCCAUGAUGGUAAACCUCUUCCUGUUGAAAGAAUUAAAAAAAAUCAACUGAAGAAGGAAUGUAAUAUUAACAAUGGAUCUAUGAAAUUUGGAAGAAACAAUACCAGUGAAAAGACAGAUGAACUAACCAAAGGCUCUAGGUGUAGCGGAGAACCCAGUAUUUCAGAUGUCAAGGGAAAGAGUAAAUAUACCAAGUCAGAAUUGUCUAGUUCCCGCUCCAAAAGAAGAAAAACUGCUGUCCAGUAUACUGAAAGCAGCGAUUCAGAGGAAAUUGCAACUAGUGAAUUGCCACAGAAAGUGAAAGGCAAACUGAGAACUGCACAAUCAGAAAGUAAAAGCAGAAUUAAAGAAUUUUCUAAGGUUAAAGAAGAUACAGAGUUUACAUGUGCACUUACUUCAUCUACUCCUGCAACAAAAAAGAAAAUGUUGAAAAAGGGAGCAUCUGCAUUGGAGGGUUCAAAGAAAACUGAUGUAGGGAGACCAACAACAACACUGAUCAUCUGUCCACUUUCUGUGUUAAGCAACUGGAUUGACCAAUUUGGACAACAUAUAAAAUCAGAUGUGCACUUGAAUUUUUAUGUUUAUUAUGGUCCUGAUCGUAUUAGAGACCCGGCUUUGCUUUCAAAACAGGAUAUUGUUUUGACUACUUACAAUAUUUUAACUCAUGACUAUGGAAUGAAAGGUGAUAGUCCAUUACAUAGCAUAAGGUGGCUAAGAGUGAUCCUGGAUGAAGGACAUGCCAUACGAAAUCCAAAUGCUCAGCAGACUAAAGCUGCACUUCAUUUAGAAGCAGAAAGAAAAUGGGUAUUGACAGGUACUCCAAUUCAGAAUUCUUUAAAGGACUUGUGGUCUCUUCUUUCCUUUUUAAAACUAAAACCAUUACUUGAUAGAGAGUGGUGGCAUAGAACAAUACAGCGACCUGUCACAAUGGGAGAUGAAGGAGGACUUAGGCGUUUACAGUCCCUAAUUAAAAAUAUUACACUUAGAAGAACCAAGACAAGCAAAGUUAAAGGAAAACCUGUUUUGGAGUUGCCAGAACGUAAAGUAUUUAUUCAGCAUAUUACACUUUCAGAUGAAGAGAGAAAGAUUUAUCAGUCUGUGAAAAAUGAAGGCAGAGACACUAUUGGAAGGUAUUUUAAUGAAGGGACUGUCCUUGCUCACUAUGCAGAUGUUCUGGGUCUUCUGCUCAGAUUGCGGCAGAUCUGUUGUCAUGCUCACCUUCUUACCAAUGCAGUGUCUUCUAGUGUUCCCUCAGCCUUUUCUCUAGGAAAUGAUACACCUGAAGAGCUACAAAAAAAGUUAAUAAGAAAGAUGAAGUUAAUUCUGAGCUCAGGUUCCGAUGAAGAAUGUGCAAUUUGCUUGGAUUCAUUAACAGUUCCUGUCAUAACACACUGUGCACACGUCUUCUGUAAACCCUGUAUUUGCCAAGUCAUCCAGAAUGAGCAGCCACAUGCUAAAUGCCCUUUAUGCAGAAAUGAUAUACAUGGAGACAAUUUAUUAGAGUGUCCUCCAGAAGAACUGACAUGUGAUACUGAGAAAAAGUCUAACAUGGAAUGGACAUCUAGCUCGAAGAUCAAUGCCCUAAUGCACGCAUUGAUUGACUUAAGAAAGAAGAACCCCAACAUAAAGAGUUUAGUUGUUUCUCAGUUUACAACGUUUCUGUCUUUAAUAGAAACACCACUCAGAGCCUCUGGAUUUGUGUUUACUCGUUUGGAUGGUUCAAUGGCCCAAAAGAAAAGAGUUGAAUCAAUUCAGUGUUUUCAAAACACUGAGGCAGGAUCUCCAACUAUAAUGCUUCUAUCCUUAAAAGCAGGUGGAGUUGGUUUGAAUCUUUCUGCAGCUUCUCGAGUGUUUUUAAUGGACCCAGCCUGGAAUCCAGCUGCUGAAGAUCAGUGCUUUGACAGAUGCCAUAGACUUGGCCAGAAGCAAGAAGUCAUCAUCACAAAAUUUAUUGUGAAGGACUCUGUUGAAGAAAAUAUGCUGAAAAUACAAAAUACAAAGAGAGAACUUGCAGCUGGAGCCUUUGGAACAAAAAAAACAAAUGCCAGUGAAGUGAAACAAGCUAAAAUUAAUGAAAUUAAAACUUUAAUUGAUUUAUAAUUUGUGGGAUUUUGGUAAGAUUGGUUUGAUCAGAUAUAUAGUUGUUUUAGAAAUGAGAAAAAUACAGUUUUAGAAAUGAGAUCUCAUGAAUAUAUCUUCUAGAAGGGGCAUGUUUUUUUUGUCAGUGAAGUAGUAUUACUGAUACAUAAUCUCUUCUAUAUAUGAACCUAUAUUUUAAUGAUAUUUCAAAUAGCAGUAAGUUCUGUUAUAUACUGUGGCCUAAAAGAAUUUUUUUGAGAAAAAAAGUUACUUUGUUAUUCAAGUUUUCAUAGUAUCUCUGCUGAGUAUUUUCAUAUAUCUUGCAAGUACUCAGCUUUUUCAUAUUUCAAAUAAGGUAAAACCUUUUAUACUUUUGACCAAAUAAAGAGUUAUUUUCUAUGUUGGACACA